UUUUAACUGCACGUUAACAUUUAAUUCUUAAAAUUUAAACAAGGAAAAAAAAAAUAGAGAAAAUGGAUGAUAAAUACGUGUUGGUGAGGUACGAGCAAAAAGCGAGAACGUUUUACAAUGUUCUCGAGCAGUCGAAUCUCUACGACUCUUUCCUGCCGAACAAGAAGUGCUUCAUUUCGGACGACAAUCUUAAUUCGUACACGUGCGACGUAAUUAAGACAUCGAAUUAUGAGGAAGAUUUGAUAAGCGAAUUUUAUAAUUUGUUGGAAGCUGCCGCCCAAAGUUACGUUCCAAAAUCGUCAACGUUGAAACCGGAGCCAAAGUACAUAACGGACGCUCACUUUCGGAUGAUAACUUUGGGGCCGAACGGAAACGUACUUCCAGCGAGUACGAUGAAUCGCGUAAGGUGGAAUUUUUACACGACCGCCACGUACGGUCUGCUCGAAGCCGUCUUCUCGAAGGAAGUACUGGCGACGCACACGCUGAAAGGAGACGCUUCUAGGAUGCUGUUCAAAUUGGAGGAGAGGAAAGUCGAAGACGUGAUUUACUUCAUCUCGAGGAAAUUCGCGUUAUCCAAAAAGGCUGUAAUCAGAGAGAUCAGGUUCAAAUGCAAGAAAGAGUUCAAGAGAUUCUUCCCCCAUGAACAAUCUUGAUGUUAUGAACAAUUAUUAUUAUUACCUGUUUCAAUAAUUUCGCAACGAUUUUAAUGCAAUAAAAAUAUUAGACAAG